CAUUUACAAUACAAUUAAAUCAACAAAAAAUAUUUCUUUUUGAUCCAAUUAAUAAAUUACAAAUAAAAGAUACUACAAUGAGACAUACAAAAAUUGAUGGACCAUCAACAGAAGAUAUUUUUUGUCAUGAAAAAUAUUCUGAAUUAAAAAAUGAAGCUAAUGCUUUAACAAUACAACUUGAACCAUUAGAAAAAGUUAAAAAUAAAUUAGCUAAUAUAUGUCAACGUUAUACAUCACGCUGUAUAUGGUAUGGUCUAACUGCAAUGUGUUUUCAAGUUGGUGUUUUAGUUGAACUUACAUGGGAUGUUUAUUCAUGGAAUGUUGUAGGACCUCUUUCUUAUUUUAUUGGAUAUGGAACUGUCAUGGCGAUCCAUGCAUUUCAUUUAAUCACAGGUACUGAUUUCGAAUAUAUCACACUGACUGAUCGUCUUUUUCUACGUCGAUUCUAUCGUGAAGCUCAUCGUUAUUCAUUUGAUAUAUCUUUAUAUAAUCGUCUAAAAAAUCGUCUUUUUAUUGUUCAUACUGAUUUAGCACGUUUACGAUCUCCAUUACCCUUAUCAUUACCUGUUCCAGCUCAUCCAUUUAGAUGUAAAAACAGUGGCGAAGAAUUAAGUCCAUUAGAUGUAUAUCUCACAACUAGACAUUAUGAUCAGUGA